AUGUCGAGCACAUUCUCAGGUCAGCCUGAUACCUCGAGACCUGCGACCUCGAGGCCGCAGGUCUCGGACGAGGCUGGGCCGAUACCAGAAACAUCUUCAGAGAACACAAUCGUUGAGGCAACCUUCAUUCCCAAUGUUUUUGAUCUCGUCUACAUGGGGAGACGAGCAAAGCUCUCCGUCGUACGACCCGCCAUGCAGCUGUACUUGGGUGCACAAGCUGUUGACCAGUCCAAAUUCCUGGGUCAAGGUGCAUCCUUUGAUGUAUACAGCAAGAAGGUGCCCCGAUCGGAAGGCUUUGUCUUUGAAACACGCAUUUUUGGGACAGUUUUCGGCACUAGGCAGGGCCAGCAUGACGAGAGGACGCUUGUGUACAAGACAGCGAGGAUUGCAUUCAGCAACUUGGGUGAGCCACUCGCUAAGGAUCGCAGAGCCAUGAACUCGGUCAUGAUGGAGAUCUAUGCACUCAUGCACCCACCUCUUUAUGAGCACGCGAAUAUUGUGACAUUGCUUGCACUCGGUUGGGGCACUAAUCCUUUUGAAUCCUCCUAUCGACUCCCAGUCAUUGUCACAGAGCAUGCUGAUCAAGGCAAUCUGGCUGACCUCCAGGCUAGAGAGAUUCUCACAUCCGAAGUGAAACGUACCAUCAGCCUGGAUAUUGCUUAUGGCCUUCAAGUUCUUCAUCGUUGUGGCAUUAUUCAUGGUGACAUGAAAUCUGAGAAUGUUCUCAUCUUCUCUCAUCCACAAAAGACGUACGUGGCGAAGCUUGGUGAUUUUGGCUUCUCGAUUGUGGGCGAGGCCUCAGCUCCUCGUGUCAAUAUUGGUGGAACAAUGCCGUGGCGAGCACCGGAGUCGUAUGGACUAGUUGCGCGUGAGUAUCUCGCAAAGACUGACGUCUACUCGUACGGACUCACUGUUUGGCGUAUUGCCAUGGAUGGAAGCAAUCCAUUCUCAGUGCUCCAUGGAUAUGGAUCUGCAGCCUCAGGGGUCACAUUAGCCGCCUUUACUAGUAAACUGAGAGACGACGACCUCGUGAAGGAUCAAUCACAGCUCAAUCGUUGGUAUCAACCGUUCAUCCUACAUGCCAUGGACAAGCUUCGUGGCGACGCCUUGCCUCCCACGGAUCAGGUGGUGCAACUUUUUCAGAAAGCCCAGGCGGCUUUACAGACAGGAACCAUGAAUACAAGCCAAAGAAUGGAGUUUCUGAAGUACGUGUUCUGGCUGGUCCAUCGCCUUGGGAUGUCUAGUCAAUCAUUGUUCGGCAAUAUCGGCGAGCACCUUAUGGCUGCGGCGCUAUUGGACGGGUUUUAUGGCAAGUUGAAUACGGUUUUGGCAGGAUGUUUAUCGAAAGUUCCCGAAGAGCGAGAUCUGUCUGUUGCCAUAUCCACCUUGUCCAACCCCAAUGGGGGACAAGAUAACACGGUAGAGCUAAGCGAAGACAUGCUCCUACGCCAAAGCUUCGACCAUCACAUCAUGUCUUGGCAAGCAGUACAAGACCUCCAGCCAUCUGUGCAAACCUUCUUAUUUGAGCGCUUCCGUGCCCGAGCUGAUGAACUUGCGUCUCGCAAUCAAGUCAAUACUCCUGAGUGCUUUGUGCUUGCGUCCUUUUAUAUGAACGGGCUCGGCACUCAACCGAACUUACAGGAAGCAUGGCGGCUAGUACUACAUGCUGCUGCGAAUGGACAUCAAGUUGCACAAGCCAAUGCAUGGCGAAUUGCUAGAGUGGCUGGGACAGAACUAGCGACAAUCAUUCCUCCGGAGCAAAUCCUCGAGCGGCAGGCUUUCAAUGGUUCACGUGGCGCGCUACAAGAUCUGGCUAUCAUCGCACCAGAAAGGGCGGUAGAGGCGAAGAGAAUCAUCAAGGCCGGUCUCGCAGGAGUGGGUGCUUCCUUCUGGGGCAAUGAUCUGCUGCACGGCUACACUCACGGUCACUGGAUCACCUCCUUUCGUAACACGACUUUCCUGGUCGAAAACAUGAGAAAUCUCCCCGACAUCGCUGAUUACAAGGUUAACAGACGAGGCGAUCGAAUCUUGCACAUGGCAGCAAGCUGUGGCCAACUUCGAGCAGUUGAGGCUUUGUUGGACAAUUUUCCCUCUCUGACUGUGGACCAAUUGAAUGAUGUUGGCGAGACUCCGCUUCUUUCUGCAUGUCGAUCUGGCCAUCGAGAUAUUGUUGAAUCACUCCUUAGUCGUGGAGCAGACCCGAAAAUCGCUACAAGCUCGAAGGAGUCACCACUUCAUUGGCUCAUUUCCUUCAAUGAGGACGAAGUACAUGCUGUUGGACAAGCUUUGAUAUCGGCAGGUGCCGACGUGAAGUCUCUCACCACGAAACAGAUCAACUAUAGCGCAUUUCCAUCCGGCAUCGACUUUGAUAACCUGCCACCAGGAACACCAUUGACCUGGGCUGUACAUCACGACCGGCCGGACAUCAUAAGGUUUCUUCUCAGCCAACCCGAAUCCGCACGCCUGUGCGUGAUUAAUGCACCCAAUGAUCCAACUCCACUUGAGUGGGCAGCAAAAUAUCAUCAUCGUCAUUGUCUCGAAGCAAUGAUCGUUGCCAUGAAAGCACAAAGGGUUAACUUCACGUAUCAAGAAUUUCUCAAGGCUGCAGUGCACGGUGCAGAUAUGUUCUCGAUGCUCUUCCGAAGUGGAGUUCAAUAUCUGGAAAGAAUGAAGGAUACGUUGGACUACCUGCUGGAAGAAACUCAUGGUGCAUCGUUUGGAACUGGAUUAGGCGGAUUUGGUUAUACGUUACUCUACUACGCGAUAUCUGAAGGCCGCGACCUGGUCGUUAAGUACCUGCUGGCGCCAGAGACUGAAGCACUUCUUCGCGCAGGCAGAGAGCGACUAAGAGCCGUGGUCAAUGAUGAAGAAGACAUGCCUAUGCCACGAUAUGGUGUUUUCUCCGAGGAACAUAUCAAUAAUCCUUGUGGCGUUGAGCUGCGAACACCUCUACUUGAGUGCAUACGAUGGAAUCACCAUGAGAUUUUCGAUUUGCUCAUUACCCGAGGUGCAGAUAUACACGCCAGAAGUCGCAAUCCAUUUGAUGGCAGCAAGACUAAUUGGAGCGCGCUGCAUGCCUUUGCGUACGCUGGUCAUGAUUUAGACCUCACCUUAGUCCGAAAGAUCGUCGAGGCUGGUGUCGAGGUAGAUGCCCAAUUCAAUGAGUCUGCUGAUCUUGAAACACCCCUCUUGGUAGCAUUGAAGAACAAUGCGUUGAAUCUCGCACAAGAAUUGUUGUUGAGGGGCGCCAAUGUAAAUGCUGUAUGUAUCUCAUCAGGCUUCAUCACUCUCGAACAAUCGACUACCGUCCUCGGGCAUCUCGUCGCGUCUGCAGCACGUGGAUCUAUAGCUCGAAUGCAACUUAUCUUCAACCAACCUCAAGCUGCUCAAGACCGCGCAACCAUGUUCGUAGUCGAGCCACAGCGUCAACUUACAGCCUUUCACCUUGCCGCCAGAGCACACAAAGGCGUCUUCGAUCGCAUUCCGGAUGGUGAAUCCUCUGCUGUCGCAUACCAACGUACUCAGUACGACUUUGCUCAGAACAGGGAUAUUCUAAAUGAGCUGCUGCAGCAUUUCGGCUCAUCCGAUGAACUCAUCAAUGCACGGACUGGCGAGGCUCUCUUCCGUCGUACCCCACUACAUUUUGCUGUUGAUGCCGUAAAUCUCAGUGCCGUCGAAUUACUGCUCGACCGUGAUUCCAUUGAUAUCAACGCACAGGAUAGUAAUGGACAAGCAGCUCUGGAUCUCGCAUAUCUGGCAGCACUACACCAGAGUAUUCAAUGCGAUGGUCCUUGUCAAAGCAGUCCUCUACCCGGCAGAAGAUGGCAUUGUACAACAUGUCCCGACCACGACUUGUGUGAGACAUGUUAUCGAGCUCUUCAGGAUGAACAGGGCUCGAAAGAGAUUCACGCUUUCGAAGAGAUGACGUUGAAGCAGACGAAUGAUGCAGCGAAGAAGGAUUGGCGGGUGCACAUUCCUGCCGAGCAACUGGAGCUUGCAAGUAUCAUAGAGCUGCUACAGGAAAGGUUGGUGCGAGAUCAACAAGUGUUGGGUGCUACGAAUGCGCUGCAGGAGAUGCGUGUCUGA